AGGAAGUGGACGGCAAGGUGGGGGGAACGUCGAAGGCAGUUGAGUCGGUGGUGGCUACAUGUGGAUAUCCGCCGGUCGUGACGAGAACUUUCGCAUCAGGGAGCAGACGUUUAACAUCCCCUCGCGUCGAGUCGCGGGAACUGUGACGUAUCACGCCGUAAACGAGAGAGUGAGCGAUCCGCCGUUAGCCAUGCAGAUGGACCCGACGACGUUGCAGCUGAUCCAGGUCCUCGAGAGGACCGUCUCGUCGGACAAGAAUGAGCUCGUGGCAGCACAGACUUUCCUGCAGCAGGCGGCCGAAACAAAUCUCCAUGAAUUCGUGCAACGACUCAGCGCCGUGCUGGUCACAGUCGGCGCGAGCCCCGUCGCCCGCAUGGCAGCGGGUUUACAGCUCAAAAACCAACUUACCUCCAAGGAUCCUGACAUGAAGUUCCAGUACCAGCAACGCUGGCUCACCAUUCCUGUUGAAACGAGGGAAUAUAUCAAGAAAAAUAUUUUAGGAGCGUUGGGAACGGAAAACAAUAGGCCAAGUUCCGCAGCACAAUGCGUCGCUUAUGUUGCUGUUGCCGAGUUGGCAGUGGGGCAAUGGAGCGAAUUAAUUCCAUUGUUAGUCAAUAAUGUUGUCAACGCGACCAGUACCGAGAUGAUGAAGGAAGCUACUCUAGAGACUAUCGGAUAUAUCUGGCAAGAAAUCAUUUACGAUAUUUAUAGCACGUCACAACACGUUCGACUAGCGGCUUUAAAAGUCCUGUAUAAUUCCAUGGAAUUAUUUAAAGGAAACUUUGAGAUAGAGACGGAACGAAACUUCUUUAUGGAAGUUGUGUUUAAAGACACUCAAUCUACAAAUACUGAAAUCAGAGUAGCUGCGUUACAGUGUCUUGUGAAAAUUAUGUCACUAUCAAGAGACACGGUAGCGUCUCGCGCCGAGUUCUUUCUAUACAUGGAACCAUAUAUGUCUCCAGCACUGUUUCCUAUUACUAUAGAAGCGAUGAAAUCCGACAUUGAUGAAGUAGCACUUCAAGGGAUAAAAUUCUGGUUGAAUGUGUAUGAGCCGGUUUUCAUAUCACCGGAAGGAGGUCGUCCAUCGCGAAAAGUCUAUGUUAAGCCCCUUCCUCCUGAUGGGGAUGAUUUCCAAUACUUGAUACGGGUAUUGAUGAAAAAAUUAAACAUAACUCCUCGGCGUCAAGAAGAAUUUGAAGAUGACGGGAGUCUUUCGAACAUUCGUCCUAUUAGGAAUAUCGACCAGGAGGACAAAAAGGCUUUGGAAAUUAUUUCGUCCUUUCGUAUAUGUAAUAGGCGUCAUAACGCCGAUAACCAGAGGUGUUACCUGAAGAAUGAUUCAUACUUUUCUUGAUUUGUUAUUCUGUAUUUAUAUUUGUAUAAUACAGGGUGACCGAAAAAUCGCCUACUCCACUUCGGGAGGUGAUUCGAGACCCAAA